CGUCACGACACACAAUGGCGGCCAGCGCUACAGCUGUGACGGUUCUCACUCCCAAUGGGAGAAGACAAGCAGUCAAAGUGUCCUCAAACACCCCGUUAUUACAGGUGCUGGAGGAUGUCUGCAAAAAACAUGGAUUUAACCCUGACGAACACGGUUUAAAGUUUCAGAGGACUGCCGUUGACCUUACGCUGCCUUGGAGGUUCGCCAACCUGCCCAACAAUGCAAAACUGGAAAUGGUGACAAGACCAAAGACACAGGCUGUAACUGAAAGCCAGGUGCGGAUUGCACUACAGAUGCAGGACGGCUCUCGUCUCCAGGGCUCCUUCUCGUGUGGACAGAGUUUGUGGGAGCUGCUCACACAUUUUCCACAGAUCAGUGGGUCCGAGUUAUCCGAGUCAGAAUCCACCCCUGUGUGUGUUUACAUGAGAGAGGAGGUGUGUGGUGAAGAAGCACUUAAGAAAGCCACCCUGAAGUCUCUGGGUCUUACAGGCGGAAACGCUAUCGUCCGGUUUUUACUUAAAAAGAACAAAGUACCGGGACAAGAAGACGCCGAAGACGCUACUGAAACAGCUGCUGUUCCAACCACACCUGCUGUUGUUCCAACCACACCUGUUGCCAAGGAAACCGUACCUAGCCCAUCAUCUCAGCCCGGUCCUGCUCCCUCACGUCCGGAAACGUCAACAACAGACGUGAAAGAUAAGAAUAGGCAAACCGAAGUUUCAACUCCCACCCCUGCCCCAUGCAGCAAACUUCAACCCGUUCAACAAGAAGAGGUUCCAAACUCCCAGGAUGCAGUUCGGCCAAAGAUCCCUCCUGUCGGGAGAGGAACGCCAGAGGAGGACGACGAGAAGGCUGGGCCAUCAGGGCUGAACUCUCACCCAUCUACCUCCCCCAUCACGGCUCCCUCGGCUCCUUUCAUCCCCUUCUCUGGAGGGGGACAGCGCCUUGGGGGUCCACGGGGAAGUGCAGCGGGACGCUCUCUAUCUUCCUCGUCCUCGUCGCUGCCAGCUCUGACUGCAGCAGUGGAAUCACCAAAAGCCAAGAAAGCAAAAUCCAGCCACAGUUCUCUCACCAAGCCUCAAUCCAAUCUGCCAGAGGAGGACAUGGAUCAAGAAGAGAAGUUCGUGGAGCCUGUAGAGAGGCAGCCUCUUGUCUACCACCUGGACGCGAUGUCCCGACACUCUGCAGACCAGAGGGAUCCGCCAGACGAGUUCUUUGAAGUGACGAUGGAUGACGUGCGGAAGCGCUUUGCCCAGCUGAAGAGCGAGAGGAAGCUGCUGGAGGAGACUCCGCUGAUGACUAAAUCUCUGAGAGAAGCACAGAUAAGGGAGAAGAUGGAACGAUAUCCUAAAGUGGUCCUCAGGAUCCAGUUUCCAGACAGGCAUGUUCUACAGGGCUUCUUCAGGCCUCUGGAAGCAGUUGGUGCUGUGAUGCAUUUUGUGAGGAGCCACCUGCAGGACCCUCAGCUCACUUUCUACUUGUUCAUCACCCCCCCAAAAACCAUCCUGGACGACCCCUCAGCUACACUGUUUCAGGCCGACCUGUUUCCUGGUGCCCUGGUGUACUUUGGAUCGGACGUUAAGACAGAUUUCUACAUGAGGACGGACCUGCUGGAGAGGUCUGUUUCUGCCUUACAAGCAAAUGAGUCCAUUGCGAGCUGCAUGCUGCGCUCCCCGACAGCCUGCUCCGGCUGUGAAGGCUCAGAGGAGCCGCUGCCUCCUCCAGAGCUCAGGGAGGAAACCAGUGCGUCCACGCAGGGUGAAGCAGACCCUUCUGCACCCACGCAGGCGGCUAGACCCACCAGAUCUGACCCGGGAAAGGUGCCCAAGUGGCUCAAGCUUCCAGGUAAGAAAUGAGCUGAUGGGAAGACUUCCCCACUGACGUUGACAGAGUUCUUCAACCCUCGCAGCGCUUUGAUGAAGGCAAACUUUGAGGGAACAGCGGACUAAAUCCAUCAGCGAGGAAGAAGCUUGCACUUGACUAGGUUUUACAAUGGCCAAAAUAAUGAGACCGAUGAGCAAAUUGUGAAUAAUGGAUUGGAGGAUUGUUGGGUUUCAUUCCGGUUGAUCUGGAGAAAGUGUUAAAGAGAGAGGUGUGGUAAAGUUGCUGCUUUUAUUCAGCAGGUGAAAAUGUAGUGUAAAGUGAAUAAAGAUGGUUGUACUAAAA